GCAACACAUUACACACGUGUGAACUGUGAAACAAAUUAUUUUAAAAUUAAUUUUCUGAGCUUGGGUAGGUAGGUUAUAGGUAUGACUAAAAAGAAAUUAUUUGACGAAGAUUCAGAGGAAGAUGAGGCUGAUUUGAAAACAGAGAAUACCUAUGCAAAGAAUUAUGAUAGAUGGCGGGAGAAGGAAGAACUUCAUAAAUUGGAACAGAAGUAUGGUCAGAAACCCAGUUCAGAUGUAUCUGGGUCGGACAGCGAGGAUGAAAGUGAUGAUCCUCCAGAAAUUUCAGAAGAAAUUGAAACACAAUUCCUUAAAACCUUGUCCUUAUUAAAAACUAAGGAUCCUAGAGUAUAUGAUCCCAAUUAUAAAUUCUUCAAUGAAAAGGUGGAAAAGGAAAAAGAAAUAACUGAGGAUGUGAAGAAAGUGACUUUUGCUGACAGUGACGAAGAUGAUGAUGAUAAUCCAAAUAUAUUUAAUAUUGAGAAAAAAGCUGUGAUAGAGGACCCUGCUCAAAUUGAGGAUGAAAAAUUAAAAAAAUAUUUAACUGGUAAAGCUGAUCACAUCAAUGAAGAAAUUGAAAAGGAUUUGGAACCAUUGAAAGCGUUGUGGUCUGAUCCAAAACUGAAUGACGGUGAAGCGUUUCUUAGAGACUACAUCCUGAAUAAGAGAUAUCUAGACUCGGAAGAAGUGGAAACAACAGAUCAGAAAAUCCGUGACGAUGAAGACCUUGAGGCUGAUGAAAAGACUGUUGAGGAGCAGGGCAAGUUUGAGAGAGCAUACAACUUCAGAUUUGAAGAGCCUGAUGAAGAAUAUCUAAAACGCUAUCCCAGAACUAUGAACUUCAUUCGUCCUAAAGACGAUCGUAGAUCUCGAAAGCGAGCUGAAAUAGCGCAAAGGAAAGAAGAGGAGAAGAAAAAGAAGAUGGAGGAGAUUGGUCGAAUGAAAGCUCUUAAACUGAAAGAGAUUCAGGAGAAGAUCGCCAAAAUCAAAGAAGUCACAGGGAAUGAAGAACUACCUUUUGAGGAAGCAGAUAUAGAAGGAGACUUUGAUCCAGCAGAGCACGAUAGACGGAUGAAAGCAAUAUUUGAUGAACAGUUUUACGGAGAAGCUGAUGAUGAGAAACCGGUGUUCCCAGAUCUUGAUGAGGAGCUGGAGAUUGAAAAUUGGGACAAAUUUAAUGUGCAACAAGACAAUAGGCAGGAUGAAGAUGAACUUCAUUGCGAAGAUGAUGAUUUUAAUAUGGAUGCUGACUACGAUCCAAAAGUAGCUAAGGAGAAUCUUAUAGAAGAAUUGAAAAGAGAUCAGAACAAGAAGCGCAGAAAUAGGAAACGCAAAUCGAAACUGGCCGAAAUACUUGCACAGGAAAAGCCAAAGUUCGCUCCACAAGUGGAAAAGAGUUAUGCGGAAUAUAUGGAAGAGUACUAUAAAAUGGACUGUGAGGAUGUUAUUGGGGAUCUGCCGACAAGAUUCAAGUACAGAGAUGUAGUACCGAAUGACUUCGGACUCACUAUUGAAGAGAUUCUGCUGGCAGAUGACAAAGAAUUGACACAGUGGGUCCCACUAAAAAAACUUGUGAAAUAUCGUCCAGAGAAUAUUGAGAAGAGUGAAGUUAACACAUACAGACUGAAAGCAGCGGAUGAAAGAUUAAAAAAGAAGAUACUACCCAGUCUCUUUAAGGAUCUACCAGAAGAGCCUGAAAUAGUAGUACCUGUUGAAGAAACUAUUUUGAAUAAAAAGAAAAAGAAGAAGAAAAAUAAAAAGAAAAGUAAAUCUGAAGACGCUACUGUUACCAAUGAUACUAUUUUAGAGAAUCAAGAAAUAAAUUCAGAAGCGACUAACAUGGCUGAACCUGAUAAAAAAUCUAAAAAGAAAAAGUCUCAUGAGAGUACACAUGAAGGUUACAUUGUAACUAAUGAACUGUCAAAUGUAGUGAAUGAAGAUAAUUUAAUUAGUCAAGAUAUAGAUUCUAAAAACCAUGUUCAGUCAAAAAAGAAAAAGAAUCAUCAGAGUACAAAAGAAGUUAACAUUAUAGCUAAUGAACUGUCAAAUCUAGCAAAUGAAGAUAAUUUAAUUAGUGAAGAAAUUAAUUCUAAAAAUCAUGUUCAGUCAAAAAAGAAAAAGAAUCAUCAGAGUACAAAAGAAGUUAACAUAGCUAAUGAACUGUCAAAUCUAGGAAAUGAAGAUAAUUUAUUUAGUCAAGAAAUAGAUUCUAAAAAUCAUGUUCAGUCUAAGAAGAAAAAAAAUACAAUAGAUAAUGUGAAGGAUAAUUCAGAACAUAUUGAGAUUUCCAUAGAUGAUAAAACGAAAGUUGAGAAAAUAACUACAGACAAGAAAAGUAAGAAAAGACAUAAAAAGGUUCUGAAUAAUGAAACUAUUUUGAGUGUAACAAGCAGUGGAGAAAUAAACGAGAAUAAAAGCCAACUGAAUGGCAAUCUCGGUAAUGUUAAUACUCAAACUAAAACUAAGAAAACGAAACAUAACCAUUUCAUAGUAGAGGAUGUUACGGAAGCAUCAAAUAAGGCAAGUACUCACGCGAGAACUGAAACUACGCAAAAACGUAAAGCCAACCAUGAUAAUAGCAAUAUCCCAAGGAAAAAGAAUAAGAAUAAAAAACAGUGGAAGUCUCACGAUAAGAAUGAGAAUACAAAUCCCUUAGCAAAAUUAUCAGAUGAACGUUUGAAGGCUUACGGGUUAAAUCCCAAAAAGUAUAGAAGUUUCUUGAAAUAUAAAAAGUUUUAAAUUUUAUUUGUGUUAUUGUUAUGGAAACUAUUAAAAUACAUUUAUAUUUA